UUAGCUCAAAGAAAUAAGAGGAGAAAAAAGAAAAGGGAAAAGCCCUUGUUUUAUCUUUCUGAUCACAAGGUGCUUCUUCUUCUUGUUCUCUUUUGAAGCCAGCCAUGGAAUCUAAGCUCUUGCUGUCCUUGAUUCUUGUCUCUUCAUGGGUUUUCUUGGGCUUCUCUCAACCAGAGAUCCCUAGUGAUAUCGCAGAUUGUGUUAAGAACCUGGUUCCUUGCCAGAAAUUUUUGAAGGCUCCAUCUCCACCAUCGACUUGUUGUAUUCCAUUGAAGCAGAUGUUCACUGAUCAACCCAAAUGCCCAUGUAAAAUCUUCGACAACAAAGAUCUUUUAAAGCAAUUUAAUGUUACUCAGGAAGAUGCUUUGAGCCUUCCAAAGGGAUGUGGAAUCGCGGUUGAUGUUAGCAUGUGCAGCAAAGUGGCUGGGACUCCAGGCAAUUCAUCAUCUACUUCACCAGCUCCAGGAGCUUCUACUGGUGCUGCCCCUGCCAACUCUACCACUGCAGCCAAGAAAAGUUCAGCAGAUGGGCUCUCUGCUUUCAGUGGACUUGGUUUCAUUGCUACAAUUGUAGCCCUUCUCUCAGUAUUCUAGAUUCAUAUGUUCAGCCAAUUUAAUAACAGAUAUGGGUUCAAAUUUAAAAUUUCAAGUAUAUGUAAGUCCAUAUCUCAAGACAAACUUUCAUUGGACUUCGUUGAGGGAAUCUUGUAGCCCUUUUGGUUGAGGAAGCCUUGUAAUCCUUCUUCUAUGUGUCACACAUAUCGUAAUGAACAGUUAAAAUUGGUUUCGUCGUUACA